ACAUUUUCCUACGGAAGCGGAGCGCUGGGGAAAAGUCUCGUGGGGAUGAGCAAGGUUACUACCGAGCAAUAUCCUACGGAUACACAUGGAGCCUCCAUCAUCUCUGCAAGUUUGCGUUUAUCACCAAGUCUAAACUCGUUCAUUAGAGUCUCCAGCAAAUAGUGAACCUAUAUAUUUCCUUCUUUCGGAUCUGCUUAUGUUUCUUUCUAUGCAUUAUAUUUCCUGAAAGGCAUGAACGUGGAUUUGGACAUUUGAUUAGGUGCAGCCGGAUUCCGUUUUUUUCGUGGAACAGUCUCCUUUCUGCGCUCCGCACAUAGAGCAUCACCAUGGACGUUUUGGCGAAUCACGGUAUUUUUCAGGAACUCCAGCUCGUGCAUGACACCGGAUACUUCUCUGCGAUGCCUUCGCUGGAGGAGAACUGGCAGCAGCUCGUUCAUAUGAAAUGAAGAAUCAACUCCCAACGGGAUUUUCAGACUGCAGCACUCUGACAUGCCUGGAGUUGGAGCGUUAUCUACAGACGGAGCCCAAGAGGCUGUCGGACCUCUUUGACGAGGAGCUUGACUGCCUGCUCACCCCGGCCUACCUGAAGGAGGACAGUGAAGAAGAACUACUAGACCCCCUCCUCCCCAGCCUCCCGGACCCCCCCAGCCCUCCUCUACCGCCCCUGCUCUGCCCCUCUCGGAAGCACCUCUCUGGGGCCUUGAAGUCUGACAAACUUCGAGACGGGAUGGGGUUAGGGUCUGGAGGGGGAGGGGUACACCCAGCCCAGUUGAGCGCCGUCACCUCCCUGACGCCGCCCUCGUCCCCGGAGCUGGGACGCCACCUGGUCAAGCCCGACCCCCACCAGACUCUGACGGCAUCCGCGGACGGCACGCUCACUCUCAAACUGGUGGCGAGGAAGGUGGGGCUGAGCGCCGCCAUGCUGGCAGCGACAUACGCGCCACCGCUGCCCACAAGGCGUGACACCACAGGCGGGCACAGCGACGGCGAGCAGGGGGGCACGUGUGUGAUGGGCGUGGAGGGUAUCUCUGAGAACAAGAAGAGGGUCCACCGCUGCCAGUUUAACGGCUGCAGGAAGGUCUACACCAAGAGCUCCCACCUCAAGGCCCACCAGAGGACACACACAGGUGAGAAGCCCUACAAGUGCUCAUGGGAGGGCUGUGAGUGGCGGUUCGCCCGGAGCGAUGAGCUGACGAGACACUACCGCAAACACACGGGUGCAAAGCCUUUUAAGUGUGACCACUGUGACAGGUGUUUCUCACGGUCGGACCAUUUGGCGCUACACAUGAAAAGGCAUAUCUGAGGAGGUGGAGGGAGAAGAGGAGGAGAGCGAGAAGAGGAGAGGUGAAGAUGGAGGUGAACGUCACGCCUGUCUCUGUUGUGUUGAAAAGGGAGAGAGAGAGUUCAAUCAAAAUCUUGGUUGCAUCAGAUCAAGGAUCGGCUCAGCCUUGGGAGACAUGGGAGAGCAAGACAAACGGACAGGGUCUGUGGGGCUGCAUUGGGCACGUAAUCAUGGUGUUUGUGUACAGACAGAUAAACAGACAGUCUGGUCUAAUGUUGUUCCCAAAGCAGCUCUGCCUCACCCGAGUCCUGGAAAUCUGAUACUGCCAGAUUGGGAUUCUGCCUGGAGACAGUAACACAAUACCGGCUCACGCUUGUGUCGUAUAAAGAGUAAAAGAGUUGUCGUCCCAUUUUCUGUUGCUCUUUCAAAGGUUAUCUUUGGACAACUGCAAACAACCACAGGACAAGGCUACUUUGCGAAGCCAACCCAGUCAAACUCCUCUUGUAAGGAGUCAAAGGUCAACCGGAAGACAUUGACCCAGUCCCUGGUCAGACAACUGAUGACCACAUUGAACUAUAAUAUUCAUACUCCUAUUCUCCAGAUGCACUCCUCUCUGCCUCCUCUCUGUCUCCUCUCUCUCCUCUCUGCCUCCUCUCUGUCUCCUCUCUGUCUCCUCUCUGUCUCCUCUCUGCCUCCUCUCUGUCUCCUCUCUGUCUCCUCUCUGUCUCCUCUCUGCCUCCUCUCUGUCUCCUCUCUGUCUCCUCUCUGUCUCCUCUCUGUCUCCUCUCUGUCUCCUCUCUGCCUCCUCUCUGUCUCCUCUCUGUCUCCUCUCUGUCUCCUCUCU